CUCACCGUGAGUCUGCUCUGCACCAUGAAGCGAUUGGUACACGCAGGGGCUCCUUGCCUCCUACUGUUCCUGAUGUUCGGGUGGACAUGGGGUCAAAGCUCCAAUGCGCAGAACACCAAUUUCACAAGGCCAAUAUUCAACUGUGGGGGUCACUUGGUCACGGAUUCUGGGUUUUUGGGUAGCGAGAGUUUCCCCAGCUACUACAAACCCAACCGGAAAUGUACCUGGUACAUCACGGUCCCAGAGGGCCAUGUCGUCAUGCUGUCCUUCCGGAUCUUCGACCUGGAGGCCGACCCCCGCUGUCGCUACGACUACGUGGACGUGUACAACGGCCACUCCUACACGGUGCAGAAGCUGGGCCGCUUCUGCGGAACCUUCCGGCCCGGCGCCCUCAUCUCCACCAGCAACACCAUGAUGGUGGAGAUGGUGUCAGACUCCGCCAACACCGGGCGGGGCUUCCUGGCCUACUUCAGCGGGGGCAAGCCACACGUGGACGAGCACCAAUUUUGCGGGGGACGGUUGACAAAGGCCGAGGGUUCAGUCAAAACCCCAAACUGGCCGGAGUCAAAUUAUCCAGCAGGCAUCAGCUGCUCCUGGCAUAUCACCGUGGAGCCCAACAUGUUAAUCGAGGUGAAGUUUGAUAAGUUCGACAUGGAGGCUGACAGUUACUGUCGCUAUGACUAUGUUGCUUUUUUCAACGGUGGAGAAACGGACGACUCGCGGCGAAUUGGGAAGUACUGCGGUGAUAUCGUACCUGAAAACAUAAUAACCAAUGGGAACGAGCUCCUGGUCCAGUUUGUGUCUGACCUCAGCGUGACCUCUGACGGCUUUCGGGCCACCUACUCCAGCAUUCCCCAGGGGUCCAAGCGCCCCACUGCGGGGAACGAUAUCGCCCCCGGGCCUCGAGUAGACGCUAUGCCGACUGGUCCCGUAUGGCCUACCCCAAAACCUAAACCCAGACCUGCUGUGAAACCAGCCAUCAAGCCCACUGCCAAACCCAAGGUCAAAGCCCCCGCCAAGCCCACCAAAAAGCCUGCCAAAGCCAUCCCUACCAAGCCUGGAACCAAACCCAAACCCAAACCCAGCACCAAGCCGGCUGCCAAACCCACCCCCAAACCUGGGGCAAAAGCCAUCCCCAAACCUGGUACCAAGCCUGGGUCGAAACCCACCACAAAACCCGGCGCCAAAACCAAUAUCAAACCCACUCCAAAACCUGGUUCUAAACCUGUCCCAAAACCAGGUACCAAGCCUGGUUCUAAACCCACCCCAAAACCUGGUUUCAAGCCCACCACAAAAACAACAACCAAGCCUGGAGCUAAAACCGUCCCGAAACCUGGUACUAAGCCCAUUCCUAAGCCUGGCACUAAACCCAAAACAAAACCAGAUGCCAAACCCAAGCCCAAAGUGACAGCAGGGGCAAACAAGCCGGGUCAGAACAGAACCGGACCAGUGGUGAAGCAGCCAGGAGCACAGAAGCCAUCUCCGAACCCUCUCUGUGCCCAGCCGUGUAAGGGGAAGACCAGCCUCCCGGCCAGCUUCUGCUCUGCAGAGUUCGUAAUCACAGGGAAGGUGACAGCCCUGGCUCCAGGUUCGAGGGGCAGUGUGCAUGUCAGCGUCACCCUCUUGAAGGCCUUCAAGGCCGGGCGCCUCAGCCUGGCCCAGACGGGCAAAUCUACAUCUGUGAAGCUACUUUCAACAUGCAAGAACUGUCCCCUGCUGCGCAGAGGGAUGACCUACAUCCUGACUGGCCUGGUGGACGCAGAGGGGCGUGGCCUUCUGGAUCCCAGCGGCUUCACAUUCCCCUAUAAAGCUUCACUGCAGAAGCAGCUGACCAAUCUAAGCAGCCAAACCUGCUGACCUCAUAUUACUGUCCACUAAUCAAGGCCCAGAGAGCAGUCCUUCCAUUCUGAUAGAGGAAGACCAGACAACCACAAGUAUUAAUAGUUAAGAUGUAAUAUAAAACAUGAAAGGGGACUUUGUAUUUGUAUUCACAGUUUUUAUUUUGUUUGCUAUAUAGAACUUUUGGAAACAUUCAGUUUAUUUUUCAAAACUUUUAACAAAACAUACAAUACUGUGACUUACAAAAAUAACUUUGCAAAAAUUCCAGUAAAAUUUCAAUAAACUAAAUCUUACUGUAAUGUACAAUUAAAGAUUAGAUUACAGUAAGAGCAAAGGAAAAUAUAUUUUGACAGUGUAGUAUAUAUAUUUUUUGCCAGUACACUUUAGUACUUGUUUAUUUUAUUUAGUUUUAAUGAUAUUACUUUUUCCUGUGUAGAUGAUUAAAUUACUGAUGUAUUGUCAUUUCAUUAAGGUUUUCCUUUGAUUAAUUUGUUUAAAGAUGUCUCAUCAAAAUUGAACAUUAAUGUACAGUUUUGCAAGUCAAAUUAUCUUUUGUAAAUAUAGUUAGUGGUUUGGAAUGUUGUGCUACCAGUUUUGGACAAAAGCGUGUAAGCAAUAAAAAAUAAAAAAAUAAAACCAUUGAAUUUGGAAUUCAAUUCCAACCCGAGCGAAAAAUAUAUAGUCAUCGUUAAAUAGUUAUUUUCUCCGGCGAACGUCUGUUCACACCACGUUUGAAAGGUGGCGUAUUGUACGUGACAUUGCACGUGAUUACAGUUAAGCAGAGCAGCCAUCGCAAGGCAACAGCAGGAACAUGUUUUCAAUUCAUUAAGCGGCCUUAUAGUCACGUCAGCCCUCGAGAGGGAACACAGAGUCUCAAGCUGAACAUCGUUGUGUCAGGCGUUCAUUAUAGCUGUUAAGUAGCUGUUCAGAAUAAACAGGUUUUUUGUUGUUUUAUACACUCACCAAAGUCACACUUUGGAGCUAUUUGUAAUUUAUAAUUGUCCUUAAUUAAAGGCUUUGUAACACUGAGUAGUGCUUUUGCUUUUGCGGAUAUUUGUGGUAUUCUUCCCUGCAGUGCUGUAUAAUCAACUGUCUAAUAA